CAGAGAAGGGAACAGUCCCAGUACACUACGGCUUGGACCUGACACAACUGGCUCUCUACUCACUUCUGACAACGACUUGGUUCUAAUAAAAACAAAGGUAGCAAAAGAAUAUGACAAUUAUCUGAUGUGUUAUCUAGUAGAACUUGUCAAUGUUUAGUUGAGGCAGAUUCUUUUCUAAAAAUGAAAAAAACGUAAAGAGUCUGCGAAAUCUCGCCAUGGGUUUGAUGGUUGUUACCCUGUGUAUCACGGUCCAGGAGUCGGAAUCAGCGGCGUGUCAUGGAUGUGCAGCGGGAUCAAGGUGUGACUGCAGCGGAGUGAAAGGAGUCAAGGGUGAAAGGGGUUUACCAGGACUACAGGGUCAGCUGGGCGUACCGGGGUUCCCCGGACCCGAGGGGCCCAUCGGUGGCAGAGGAGAGAAGGGUAGUGACGGACCUUCAGGGACUGGAGGUCCAAAAGGGAUAAGAGGACCUCCCGGACUGCCUGGAUUCCCCGGAACACCAGGAAUUCCAGGUCUCCCGGGACAUGACGGCCCCCCAGGCCCCAAAGGAACUGCAGGCUGCAACGGGACUAAGGGUGAGCGAGGAUUCCCUGGAAGUCCAGGCUUCCCCGGACUGGAGGGUCGAUUGGGUCCACCUGGUUUUCCAGGACAAAAGGGAGACCCAGGUGAUGUCAUCACAGCUGACCGUUUCGGACAGAAAGGAGGUGUAGGUCUGCCUGGCCUGCCUGGAGUUCCUGGUGACCAAGGCCCCUCGGGAUUGUCCGGUCCUACCGGCCCUCCCGGCCCCAGAGGUUAUGAGGGUCGUUCCGGGCCUCCUGGUCUUCCUGGUCCUAAGGGAAACAUGGGGUUGAACUUCCAAGGUCCCAAAGGAGAUAAGGGUAAUUCAGGUCUGCAGGGGCCUCCCGGACCACCAGGACAAGUUGGGGAGCAAACAAGACCCUCAGUGUCGAGUAUUCAGAAAGGAGAGACGGGUGAUCAAGGUUUACCUGGUCCACCUGGUGAUCCUGGUUAUCCUGGACCCCCUGGUUCAUCUGGUGGUUUGAAGGGAGAGAAAGGAGAAAACGGAGAAGCAGGCAAACGGGGCAAACCAGGGAAGGAUGGAGACCCAGGUCCUGCUGGAUUCCCUGGUAGUAAGGGAGACCCAGGUGGGCCAGGUCUGCCAGGUCGGGAUGGUGACAGGGGUACCAAAGGUGACCGUGGAUAUCCUGGACGUCCAGGCGUGCAGGUGAGCAAUGGUCCACCUACAGUUGGGCCUAAAGGUGAACCUGGGCGUCCUGGGGAGACAGGAAGGAAAGGAGACAGAGGACAACCUGGUCUCUCGGGUCCUCCAGGUCAACCAGGAACCCCAGGUAUCGGAGGUGGAGGCCAGCCUGGUUUACCAGGCUUCCCAGGAGAGAGGGGCCAGAAGGGAGACGAGGGCCAGCCUGCAAUCUCCAUCCCCGGGAACCCAGGACGAAGUGGCGCCCCUGGUCUGCAGGGACCUCCAGGACCUCCUGGGCCCCCAGGGGUCUCCAAUGGGGGUAUUAACUGUAUAGGAGGGGUCCCCGGGUUACCAGGACAACAAGGGAAUAUAGGAUUCCAAGGAGAGACCGGACAGAAAGGUGAGAAGGGAGACACCUGUGUUAACUGUUUCUCCAGCGGCAGCAGUGUCUCUGGAGAAAUAGGCCCUCCCGGACCUCCUGGGCUCCCAGGUGUACCAGGAAGACCAGGGUCUAAAGGUGACAGAGGAUUCCCAGGCGGCCCAGGGCCCUCAGGUUCUUCUGGUUUGCCCGGUCCCCAGGGUGCUCCUGGUUUCCCAGGAGAGAAGGGUGACCCAGGUGAGGCUACUGCUGUGGAUGGGGUGAGCGGAGACAAGGGAGACACAGGGUUUCCCGGACCCCCUGGCCUGCCUGGUCUGGACGGAAGACCUGGUCGCGAUGGAGGUCCUGGAGCUCCUGGACCCAAAGGAACAUCUGGAUCUCUAUUAUUGAAGGGUGAGCGAGGACCUCCAGGUGAGCCCGGUUUGCAGGGUCUCCCAGGUGACAGGGGUGCCACCGGAUCCCCAGGCUUCGGCCCCCAGGGGCCCCCCGGAGAGAAGGGUGUCCAAGGUGUCUCAGGGAGAACGGGAACACCUGGAGCACCAGGAGGUAAAGGGGAGCCGGGUCAGACGAUAGCAGAGAAGGGCCUCCCAGGACCCCGAGGACAGGAUGGAGACCCCGGUCUACCUGGAAACCCAGGUAACCCCGGCGGGCCAGGACAGCCCGGUUUCCCCGGGUCACCAGGUCCCAAGGGUGAUCCUGGCCUCUCUGGCAUCGGACUGCCAGGACCCCCCGGAGCUAAAGGAUUCCCUGGCUCACCUGGUUUGCCAGGUGGUCCCGGAGCUCCAGGUAGACCAGGUGUGGACGGGUUCCCCGGACAGCCAGGUGCACCUGGAGCUAAGGGAGAGCCAGGCUUCGGGCUGCCAGGUCCCCAGGGAUCCCCAGGCUUCCCCGGAGAUAAAGGAUUACCUGGACCCAAAGGAGACUCUGGUUUCCCUGGCAACCCCGGCUUGCCAGGACGAUCCGGCUUUGACGGCGGCCCUGGUGCCAAAGGUGACUCUGGUAUCCCUGGUAGACCCGGAGCCCGUGGCCCUCAAGGAUCACCCGCCAUCGGCUCUCAGGGUGACCCCGGCCCUGUCGGACCCCCAGGACCUAUUGGUGCUCCAGGAUACUCAGGCAACAAUGGAGAGAAGGGAGACCCCGGUCUUCCUGGCUCGGGCAUUACAGGGUUGCCAGGAGACAGAGGAAGUCCUGGUUUCCCCGGCAGCCCCGGGGAAGUUGGACCUCAGGGUAACCCCGGUGGCCCUGGCCGCGAUGGAAUACCUGGCCCGCCUGGUGGUAAAGGAGACAUGGGUGUAAUGGGAACUCCUGGAUCUCUGGGAUCCCCUGGCAACCCCGGAGGGCCCGGCUUCCCUGGACCUAAAGGUGACGAUGGUUUCCCAGGGCGACCAGGUGGGACCGGCAGUCCAGGUCUGAAGGGAGACAGGGGAGACCCCGGUCUCGUAGGACUCCCAGGUCCCAGCCACUCUCCCACUUCAAUCAAGGGAGCCAAAGGAGAUGCAGGAGAACCAGGUUUGCGAGGUCAGCCAGGUCAGAAGGGUAUUUCCGGUCUCCCUGGAGACACUGGUAUAUCAGGACAGGAUGGAAGACCUGGGUUCCCUGGACCUCAAGGUCCCAAAGGAGACAUGGGUAUCCCUGGAGUAUCAGGCUCACCAGGAAGCCAAGGACUUAAAGGCAACAUGGGAGAGAUGGGCUUCCCAGGACCCACAGGAGCGAAAGGAACUCCAGGUCAGCUAGGUCAGUCGGGUGUACCGGGUAGUUCAGGAGCACCAGGGUUCCCCGGAGCUAAAGGAGACCCAGGUUCCCCCGGAUUUGGUGCCACAGGAGCUACAGGUCCCAAGGGUGAGCCCGGUCGGUCGGGAUUCCCCGGACAAAAUGGAGUGAAAGGAACUCCCGGCACACCAGGUCUUCCAGGGUUUCCCGGCAGCCCCGGAGCCAAAGGCGACCCCGGCCUCCCAGGAUUCCAAGGUUCUCCCGGUAUUCCCGGGCCUAAGGGUCUGGAUGGUACCCCUGGUAACCCCGGUCCCGCCGGAGGCCCCGGCAGACCGGGAGAGAAUGGCCGUGCCGGAUCACCUGGGUUCCCAGGCGACAAGGGUCAGGCAGGUCGCGACGGAAUCCCUGGACCAGCGGGAGUCAAAGGAGACCAAGGUCUUUCUGGUUUCGGCGGCCCCGGUUCUCCUGGUCUCCCAGGGUCACCAGGUGCUAAGGGAGAUUUUGGCGCCCCUGGUCUUCCAGGUAACCCUGGGUUCCCUGGUCAGAAGGGAGAGAUGGGCUUCCCCGGCCAACCUGGGUCCCCCGGGAGCAUCGGGCCCCCUGGUGCCCCAGGUGUGGCCCUCCAGGGGCCCAAGGGUAGCAGUGGAUCCCCCGGCCCCCCUGGAAGAGGAGGUCCUCCUGGACCCGAGGGUCCCCGUGGCCUUGGGGGCAGCGGAGGGACCAAAGGUGAGAAGGGAAUCCCUGGAUCUUCCGGAUCCCCUGGUUUCCCCGGAGCGAAGGGAGAAUUGGGAUCGCCCGGAUUCCCAGGUAUUCCUGGCCCUCCUGGUGUCAGCGGGCUGAAGGGAGACAUCGGAAUUCCCGGCGUUCCCGGAUUCCCAGGACUAAAGGGAGAGUCUGGAAGGCCUGGAUCAUCCGGUCUCGCUGGAGAUCCUGGAGAUCCUGGUCCAGCUGGAAACCAAGGUGACCCAGGUGUCGCUGCGACCCCCAUCAUGCUGAAGGGAGAACGUGGCCCCCCCGGCCCUUCAGGUCUGCCAGGCAACCGUGGCUCCCAAGGACCCCCCGGACAGGAGGGACGCUCAGGUCAGCCCGGUCAACCAGGGGACCCCGGUCCUGAAGGACCCCCAGGAUUCAGUGGAGCCUUCGGCCGCAAGGGAGACUCUGGACCCGCCGGACAGCCAGGUCAGCGUGGGUACCCAGGUCCCACUGGUUCAGAUGGUCAGCAGGGCCCCCCGGGUAACCCCGGCUCAGCCUCUGUGAACCAUGGCUUCCUGAUCUCUAGACACAGCCAGGCUGACUAUGUCCCUCCCUGCCCCGAAGGGACCAGCCUCAUCUACGACGGAUUCUCUCUGCUCUACGUACAGGGCAACGAGAGGGCACACGGACAGGACCUAGGUACUGCUGGUAGUUGCCUGCGUCGGUUCAGCACCAUGCCAUUCAUGUUCUGUAACAUCAACAACGUGUGUAACUUCGCCUCCCGUAACGACUACUCCUAUUGGCUGUCUACACCCAUGCCCAUGCCCAUGAGUAUGGCCCCCAUCACAGGAGAAGGCAUCAAACCUUACAUCAGCAGGUGUGCAGUGUGUGAGGCCCCUGCCAUGGUGAUCGCUGUGCACAGUCAAACCAUUCAGAUCCCCACCUGCCCCAACUACUGGGAACCACUGUGGAUCGGAUACUCCUUCAUGAUGCACACCAGUGCAGGUGCUGAGGGCUCUGGUCAGGCUCUGGCCUCUCCUGGCUCCUGUCUCGAGGAGUUCCGGAGCUCUCCCUUCAUCGAGUGUCACGGCCGAGGGACCUGCAACUACUAUGGCAACACAUACAGCUUCUGGCUGGCCACUGUCGACCAAUCAAAAAUGUUCAGGAAGCCACAGUCAGAGACGCUGAAGGCAGGUAACCUAUCGACGCGCAUUAGCCGCUGUGUGGUCUGUAUGAAGAGGACGUAACAGCGUGGUGGCAACCGUUGCCGGGGACGACCGACAACGACAAUGGCGGCAGGCGGGCGGAGUGGGGGUGAUGUUGACGUCUCCGUGAGAACAAGGUGGAAUUCCAAUGGUGCAUUGUCUUCCGGAAACAGCAACUUAAAUGGUGCUACUGUGCAACACAGCAAGAAAAGAAAAAAAAACGUUGAUAAAAUGAAUUUAUUUAAUCUUUUAUUAUUUUUACUUACCUCAAGUACGUCAAAAAGAAACACACAAAAUCCACAAAAGGUGCCAUGGUGAAUGUGUGACAAAAGUGCAUUUUGUUUAAAUUUUUUCUCUAUUUCGCAGAGAAUAUAUAUAUAUAUAUAAAGUGUUAUCAAUAAUGGUAACACUUCAUUUUAAGGGGUCCUUAUUACAGUGUAAUUAGAUGUGUAAUUGCGCUGUAUCAAAUAUUGUAGUUAAUUGUAAUAACUCAUAGUCACACUGUAAUAACAACAUGUAACUGGUGAUAAUUGCAGUCUGUAAUUACAGAGGUGUAACAACAAAUGCUUGUUACCAUGCUUACCAUGCUUGUUACCAUGCUUACCAUGCUUGUUACCAUGCUUGUUACCAUGCUUACCAUGCUUGUUAGGAAAGUCUCCACUAAAUUCACCAAUAAGUGUCAACUGUCACAAGGUUGUAAUCUCUUCUGGACAGAUGUUCUGGGUCCAAGAUUACAACGUUUCGUGAGUAGGCUCUAAUUACCUACCCCCAAUAGGCUCUAAUUACCUACCCGUGAAGGCGCAUGCUUCAAAAUCUCCACUCGUUGUUGCUAGCAGUUGCCCCCCAAAAGUGUAUCAACUUGGUUGAGUUUCCAAAAACAGAUCAGGUAUAGGACAACCUCACUGGGGUCUACCAUAUGGGUGUCAUACCCUGAAUUAUAAUAUAUAUAUUUUACUUAUAAUGAAUGUGUAUGUUGUCCAUUAUGUGGGAGGAUAAAACCACAAGUACACCGCAGACUACAUAUAAUAUCUGCAUAAGUACAAUAUAAUUACUAGAUGUUACACAGGGUUUCAGAUAGUUAAAAUGAAGUGUAUCUUGAUGGUUACUUACUUGUAAUUAACGUGUACUUAUAUAGUACAUUGCCCACCCUGACAACUUGGCCCUCAUUGUAACGCUUCUGGAAGCACCAUCCAAGUGAGAAAAUAAACACACUAGUAUACAACAGAGUACAUGUAAUAUAUGUAUAAGUACAAUGUAAUUACUUCUGCUAGCUAAUCCAAAAAAUCUCAACAGAUUGCAUGGAAAGUCUAUUCCGUAGAUGAUAACUAACUAGCUAGCUAGCCUAGUUGGUAGGCCCAAUAAAAACGGCAUCUAACAUUUGCUAGCUAGCUAGCCAACACAAGGCUAGCUAACUACCUAUGUUAAAUCGUCCAGCAGAAUUCAUGUAUCAAAAAAGGUAGAACAAAUUGCAUGGAAAAUGUACUUUCUCUCUCCUGUGUUGAUGUUUUUGACCUACAACACUUUGUUUUUUUUCGCGGAAAUCAUUCAUAUCUGGAUUUUGCACAAUGACCUUCUCGACCCUGUUUUUUGCACACUGUUACAUGAUGUCAGCAUCAACACGUGGGCACGUUCGAGGUCAUUAUUUCGAGCAUGUUGCACAAAUGGGAAGAUUUUGACAUGAUGCUUUAAUUCCUGCAAAAAAAAGUAUAAUUGCACCAAUGCAUCCCAUCUAAAAGUGAGAAUGUUCCUCAACAGUGAAACCCUUGCAAAGUUACAUGAUGGAAUAAGAGUUUGUCUUAUGACCAUUUUAAGUGCAUUUAUAUACCAUUAUUCAACCAAGCUUAAUAGGCUUACAAUUUGGCAGCACGAAUAACUAUCUCACAAUUUUAACCAUAACUGUUUGUGUCUAAAAAUGUUUAAUUGAUGGUUAAAGUAAUUGACCAAUUGUCAAAUGCACCAUUAAAUAAAAAAUAAAAAACAAUGUUGAUGUGAACCAUUUGGGAACCCGUUUUUGCCGUUGGACCUGGGUAUCAGACUCAAGAUCUUUUUUUGCAGAGUUGUGUCAAUGAGGUGGUCGGUUUUUAAUUGGCUAACACUUAUCACGUGGUUUGUGCAGGCUGAAAUAUGGUGCGUUGGGAUACUAUCGGAAACUGUAACAUUUAUAACAAGCAUGGUAACAACCAUUUGUUGUUACACCCCUGUGUGUAACAAUAUUUACCACCAGUUACAUAUUGUUAUCACAGUGUAACUAUAAGUUAGAGUUAUUACAAUUAACUACAGUAUUUGAUACAGUGUAAUUACAUAUGUGAUAUGGACCCAUUAAAAUGAAAGGUUACCAAAAUAAUAUGUGGAUUUUUGGUUAUUGGCACAGACGAGGUACAUCAUUUUGUUUUUAGACAGAUGUGCUAUUUUUUAGUUUUUUGUAUUUUUUGUUUUGUUGUUACCAAAUCGGCACUUUGACCUCGGAACAUCAAAGAGAACAGAUGCACUGAUGAGCUUUCUUAGCAAGACUGCUGAUUUUCUAGGCUUACAUUUUUUUAAUGAAUCUUUCCAUCGUUCUUUUUUAAAAGUUUUUUCUCCUUGGUGCUACUAACUAACACUGCUGUAUCUCUCCCAGCCCGUUAACUACUGGCCUUUUUUCUCUUCAUGUAAGUAAUUCAAUGUGUAUAUUAUGUAAGACAUAAAAUAGGUAUUUAGCUAUAUUACGAAUUUCUGGGUUAUUUUUGUUUGUUCACUCUGCUUCACACAUUGCAUUGAUUUAUGGAUUCAUUAAUUCACUCACUCGCUCACAAAUAUUGUACAAAGUAUGGCAUCAAUAAAUGAAACAGUAUUUUCAUAUAUAUAUAUAUAUAUAUAUAUAAAAAGUAUAAUUAUACCAACUUUAUUUGGAUACGGGCGUGAGGUUUUUUCAUCAUUCAUUUAUUUUAUCUCCAAAAGGUCGUAAUUUUUUUCCCAUUUCACAAAACUAUUGACUGUUGUCCUCCUGACAACAAAAGUGUUUCCCGGUCAACUAAUCAAAGACCCUAUCCUAUGAUGAUGUACUGUGUAUGAUAAUGCUAAUCACUCAAGCUUUUAUAUUUGAUUUUUACUAGUAAUCUAUCGUUGAAUGCGAUAAUAGGUUGAUCAUUAAAUCCACUCCACACCUUAAUAGAAAAUGACUAAAGUAAAAGUGAGAGUCACCCAAUAAAAUACUACUUGAGUAAAAGUCUAAAAGUAUUUGGUUUUAAAUAAAUCAUUUCAAAUUCCUUAUAUUAAGUAAACCAGAUGGCACAAUUCUCUUGUUUUUAUUUUAUUUACGACUAGCCAGGGUUACACUCCAACACUCAGACAUCAUUUACAAACUAAGCAUGUGUGUUUAGUGAGUCCACCAGAUCAGAGGCAGUAGGGAUGACCAGGGGUGUUUUCUUGAAAGGGCGUGAAUUGGACCAUUUUCCUGUCCUACUAAGCAUUCGAAAUGUAACGAGUACUUUUGGGUGAUAGGGAAAAUGUAUGGAGUAAAAAGUACAUGAUUUUCUUUAGGAAUGUAGUGAAGUAAAAGUUGUCAAAAAUAUAAAUAGUAAAGUAAACUACAGAUACCCCAAAAAACGACAUAAGUAGUACCUUAAAGUAUUUUUAAUUAAGUAUUUUACACCACUGAUUAAUUCACAUCUUUACUCUGGUCUACAUUGUCCCACUAUGAACUGGCGGUAGUACAUUGUGUAUUGUUAUGUACUGCAAGAAUAGAAUUGAAUAGAAUUUGGUCUAUUAUUUCUUUUUCUAUUCUAAGGCCAAUGAGGAGAGCUGUAGGGGGAUGAUUCUUCCUGUGAUGUUUUUCCAAGCUACUUUUUUAUUAUUAUUGUAAUGUACUUCUGGGGUGUGAAAAUCUAUUGUUGUUUUUGUUUAUUUCAUGUUAUGUUAUUCAGAAGUUGUUAUAAACUUUUAAGACUGAAAAAUAAACCCAAAGUCCAUCGUU